AUGGGCGCCAGUGUCUCGUGGCUGUCCGGCAUGCUCUGGGCCAAGAAGGAGAUUCGCAUCCUGAUCCUCGGUCUCGACAAUGCAGGCAAGACGACGCUCCUGUACAGAUUAAAGAUUGGCGAAGUCGUCACCACGAUACCGACGAUAGGAUUCAACGUCGAGUCCGUCACAUACAAGAAUCUCAACUUUAACGUUUGGGACCUCGGCGGCCAGACCUCGAUCCGCCCGUACUGGCGCUGCUACUACGCCAACACGGCCGCUGUCAUCUUCGUCGUCGACUCGACCGAUAUUGACCGUCUGCAGACGGCCGCCGACGAGCUCGCCGCCAUGCUCAACGAGGAGGAGCUCAAGGACGCGGCCCUGCUCGUCUUUGCCAACAAGCAAGAUCAACCCGGCGCCAAGGGCGCCGGCGACAUCUCCGAGGCCCUGCGUCUCGGCGAGUUGCGCGACCGCAACUGGAGCAUCAUGGCAUGCUCCGCCGUCGACGGCAGCGGUGUCAACGAGGGCAUGGACUGGCUGGUGCAAACCGUCUCGCAAGAAUAA